GCCGCCACGGCAGCUAUAUUUCGACGAUGAAUACUGAUUUGUAGUUUUAAUUAAAAAUUUGUGAGACUGAGUGCUGUUUAGCAUCGAUAUCAAAAGGUACAUGUAAACACUCUGUUACAUGAUUGAGUAUGGAUUCUAAUACUGAUGUAGAACUAUCAGCAGACAAACUUGAAAACGAUUCACCUGUAAAAAAUGAAGAAAAUACUGCAAGUUUAAUUGUUCGAAGUAAGGAGGUAGAUAGUGGUAAAGGUGAAAUAUCAGAAGUUUCAUUAAAUGCUGAAAGAGAAAAAGAAAUUAUUGAAACACGCCGUACGAGUGAAACGGUGGUUGACAAAGCCAAUGAAACACAACAAGAAUCAUGCAACAAAGAUAAAGAUGAUAUAGAAGUAUCAAAUACCAAAUUAAGUAAAGAAACAUCUCUAGGUAAAGAUAACCUGUCAGUGAACGAUCCGAGUUUACAGAAAAACAAUGUAAAUACAACAUUAACAGAUUGUAAUAGUGCAGAGUCGGAGAGGAUACAGGAAAAUGAUACAAACACUGUUUUGCAAGAAGAUAAAUCUGAAACAACAUCAACAGUAUCUAAUAUUGUGAACAGCAACAACACAAUUGAUACAUCAAAUGUUUCGAAUACAGUAGAAGGCACAGAAUCUCAAAAAGAUUCAGGAGAUAUAAUAGAGGAGUUGAAAAUACAAACAUCAACGAGUAAUAGUACAGGCAAUAAAUGUAAUUUAAAUGUAAUUGAAAAACAGAAUGAUGGCACUGACAUAGACAAACCUCGGACAGAUAAAAUUCAAUCAUCUGUUACUGAUGAUUCAAUUAGUAAGAAGACUGAUUCAGAAGGAGUAGUGGAUGACUUUGACAGAGACACAUCAGAGAAAAGUACAAUAGAACCGGAGAACACAGAAUUUGUACAGUUUUCUCAAGAGAAACAUGGAGAUGCACAAAUUGAAAAUCAAUCCAUGGAUGCAGAGGAUCCUUUUGGUGGAGAUAAUCUUAAUGUUGAGAAUGUUGAACCAAUGGAUGCAGAUGAUCUUAACGAAACCGAAGUGGGUUUUUCUAAAUUGUGUACUCAGGCUGACAAUCUACGAGAUAUUGUAAAUGUUAGAGAAAGUAGCUUUAGUACCAGCAGUAAAGACAAUGAAGGAAAUAAAGAUAUUCCUGCGAAUACAUUGCAGUCUGCAAAUAUAAUUCAAGACGCUGAGAAGAAUCGUACUGAGAGUUCAUCUAAGGUAGAAGAAAAUGAAAAUUUAAAUAGAAUAGAGGUUGCAGGUUCAACUGAGAAAUGUAACGAUAGAACAAAAAAAACUCUUAGUGAGAUGACAUCAAUAGAAACAGAAGAAGAACAGUCAAAUGUUUUACCAGGACAAGAUGACGAAUUAUGUAUUAUUCCAGACAGCAUGAAAUUGAUAAUUCCUGAACAAACAGAAAAAUCUAACUCUAACAGUAGUAAAUCUUCGCACGAAAUUAAUACUGGCCAUGAUGCAAUUACGAAAACUUCACAAGAUAAUGCACCAAGUACAGAUGGUAAGAAAGACACGCAAGAAAAUAUAGAGGUAUUAAAUAAUAGAAACGAAAAUAAUGCAAAAGUUGUUGAAAGUAUUCAAAAAGAGACAGAUUCUGUUAACAGUCUUGCAGCCUCAGCUACAGAUGUUAUUAAUAUCGACGAAGAGUCGAAAAACUCUGAAAUUGAAGAGAUCACGCCUAGAGACGUUUGUAAACAAUGUAAUGAAUUAAGAUCAUGUAAGAUUAAAGUUAAAAUUGGUUUUGAUAAUUAUACCGUUUGUUCGAAAACUUGUAAAGCUUUGUUUAAAGCUGCCAAUAAUAGAGCUGUAGAUAUUCCCAGCGAUGGAGUCAAUUCUAAGAGAGAAAAACGUUGCGCAAACUGUUUGCUAAUCGUUGAACCUGGCGACGAACGUAAUCUCUCGUGGGAGACAAUGGAAUUUUGUAACGAAGAGUGUUUAGGGAAAUUCCAAACAAAGUAUGGCAGUUACUGUAGAAAUUGCAAUGGUUCGGUACAGGCGGUUAGUUUAGGCAAAUACUGUGUACGAUUUGGCUACGAUGUUAGACAAUUCUGUUGUUCUACGUGUUUAGAAGAGUUCAAGAAAGGAUUAAAAGUAUGCACAUAUUGUCAGAAAGAUAUAAGUUCUAGCACCGAAGGUUUUCUUGCACCAGUUGGCGAUAAGGGGCAAUUUAAAGAUUUUUGUACGCAAGAUUGUAUGGAGAAAUAUUCAAAGAUGAGUUCCGUUGAACCUCCGGUUAUGGAAAAGAAAUGUUGCAGUGUCUGCCAAGAGGAAAAGGUUGUCCACUGUGAAGUUCAGAUAGACAGAUCUGAUCCGGUAGCUAUUUGCAGUGACCCAUGUUUUGCGGCGUUCAAAUUUGUAAAAAAAGUCGACCCCGAUCAAUGUUCUACUUGCAAGAAAUUUUUCGAAUUACCCAACAAAAAAUGUUCCGUUGUGUUUUACGAAAACGAAGCUCAUACAUUCUGUUCGAAAACAUGUUUAAAUAUCUUCAUUAUUACAAAUAGAAAGAUUGUACCUUGCAAUUGGUGCAAAGUGAAAAAGUACAAUUUCGACAUGAUUAAAAAGGAGCUGAAGACAGGACAAUUGAUGAUGAUGUGCAGCUUAAAUUGUCUAACACUGUAUCAGGUCUCGAUCAAUGCAGUAUCGGCGAAGCGAAUUAAUUGUGACUUCUGCAGAGAAUUCUCCCAGGCACAGUACCAUUUAACGAUGUCCGACGCAACGAUACGAAACUUUUGCUCGUAUAGUUGUGUAAUGAACUUUCAAGCGCAAUACACCAAAUCGCCAAUCACGAUACCAACAGGCGAUGAUCCGGUGCCUACGGGAAUGCCCAAACGAACAUUACCUCAAAGAAACACGAAUUCGAACAACCAAAAAACGAACGACAUACAGAGCAAAAAGAAUAUGCCAGUAAUUUCAUCUGUGACAAGUUUAGCCACAAUAGCAAACGGACAAUCUAGCCCAACAACGCAACAAAAUAGUGUAAAUAAUAUGGUAAUCCCUUCAGUGAAUAUCAGUCAAAAUCAGGCAUCGCAAGUAAUUUAUAAGCAACACGUUAUAACGAGGCCACCGAGUCCGGUACAAAUUCACAACAAAUCGACUCAAUGCAAGCCAGUAAUGCACACGAAAGGAGUUUCCGUGCGUCCGCAUCCAUGUACGAAAGGUACACAAACGGAUGGAGUCCAACAGGUCGUUAUUCCAAUUCCAGUUCCAAUUUAUGUUCCGUAUCCAAUGCACAUGUACAGUUUGCCAUUCCCAGUCCCAUUACCGUUCCCAUUACCAAUUCCUGUACCUAUUUUUAUACCUACAACAAGAAACAGUGCUAAAGGAAUAUUUAAAGAUAUCAAAAGAAUACAGGAGAAAAUACCAGCGGAUCCGUUCGAGGCUGAACUUCUUACGAUGGCAGAGAUGGUAGCAACAGAAAAGAAAGCCAACGAGAGUGAUUCACAUUCUGCGGACGAUCGAGACGAAGAUGCCGGUGAUCGUGAUCAAUCGCAUGGCGGAGGUUUUAGUCCAGAAGAAGUUGAUUCCAGUAACACAUUCGGCGACGAUAUGUUGCAAAUGGCUUUGAAAAUGGCGACUGGAGAACUAGACGAACCAGCCGUCGACUUGGAAGCUGCGUUAACUCCAAAUACAAUUACGGCAACGCAACCACCAGCACAGUCUGAAACAACGAUCGAAAAUGAUGUCCAAACAGAGCGAUUAAUGGUUAGUUCACGUGGAAGGAAACGAAUGGUUCCGUAUAAACCACGGUCUACUCCGAAUAAACGAGGAAGACGUGUGUCUGCAGCGAACGAUAUGCCCCUAAUGCCGCCACCUGAGGCCCAACCGCCUUCUCAACCAAGGAUUAUAGAACCCCUGGAGAAACCAGACGCCAAUAUGGUGUUGAAAUACACUUUCGGAAUAAACGCGUGGAGACAAUGGGUAGUUGCAAAAAAUACUGAACUAGAGAAACAAAGUACACCGAUGAGGAAAAUGAAAUUGUUUAAAACAGAUCUGUUGCAACUCACAGCGGACGAAUUAAAUUAUGCGUUGUGUCUUUUUGUGAAGGAAGUUAAGAAACCAAACGGCUUAGAAUAUGCGCCGGAUACGAUUUAUUAUCUCUGCUUGGGGAUACAGCAGUAUUUGUUCGAGAAUAAUAGAAUAGACAACAUUUUUACGGAUUCAUAUUAUGAAAAGUUUACGGACUGUUUAAACGAAGUUGCAAAAAAAUUCUCGGUUCUUUAUAAUGAUACACAAUAUAUUGUCACAAGGGUCGAAGAAGAACAUUUAUGGGAAUGUAAGCAGUUAGGUGCUCAUUCGCCUCAUGUUCUCUUAAGCACCCUUAUGUUUUUUAAUACGAAACAUUUUAAUCUCGUGACGGUAGAAGAGCAUAUGCAGUUGUCGUUUUCUCACAUUAUGAAACAUUGGAAACGUAAUCCUGCCGCACAACCGACGGCAACAGGAAAGGUUCCAGGAUCUAGGAACGUUCUUCUUCGUUUUUAUCCGCCACAGUCAGCAUUGGAAGGCAAUUCACGUAAAAAGAAAGUAUACGAGCAACAAGAAAACGAAGAAAAUCCAUUAAGAUGUCCCGUCAAAUUGUAUGAAUUUUACUUAUCUAAGUGCCCAGAAAGCGUGAAAACUCGUAAUGAUGUGUUCUAUUUAUUACCUGAAAGAAGUUGCGUACCGGACAGUCCAGUAUGGUAUUCGACGUCUCCAUUGGCUAAGGAACAUCUCAUAAAAAUGCUAUAUCGCAUUAAAAUGGUCAAAGAAAUUAAUGUGGCAUUACUAACUAGUUAAUUUCAUGUUCGCAUAUUUAACUUCCCUCUGUUAAUUCGGUUAAUGUAACAGAUGAAAAGUAAUCGUUUUCC